GUAUAUUUUAAGUUUUUGAAUAAUAAUAAUAAUAAUAACAAUAAUAAUAAUAAUAAUAAUAAUAAUAAUAAUAAUAAACCUUAUACACCCACAUAAAGUGCAUUACCUUGACUUACCAAUUCUCCGCAUUAACCUAUUACCUUUUUGAAUAUAAUUAAAAUCAUUUUAUACUGUCGUUACUAUGUAAUUAAUGUGCUUCGGUGAACACAUGUCCUAAAAGAGUAUAAUACCGUUACUUCUGCAUUUUAGACGCAUUGAGGCAAAUAAAGCUAAAUAUCUCGGCCGCAGUAAGUCUUAGGGUCACCAAAAUUGUAUGGCAUUUUAGGACCAAUUGUCCGAUGUUAGCUAGUUAAUUUGGUGGCUAUCUGACCAUUGUACCACCCACGCGGCCCUAAAACGCUAUUUUAGUUAUUUUAAUAUGAGUAGCGCUAGCCGUGACGUCACCUAGAAAUUCGGAACCUUCACUGCGCAUGUGCGAACACGCUCCGUUAUGUGCCCCGACAUGCCUUUUUCCGCUCAGUUGGUGAGGAGGAGACGAGAGUGCAAGUAAGUAAAGUGCCGUGCGGUGCAAAUUUUAAGUCGAUUUCAGGUUAGAAAAUGUCCGAUGUAAAGUAAAUCUGUUUAACGGAGCACUGUUAGACACUGUAAUGUUAUGUUUGACGGUUAGGGUUAGGAAAUUAGGAACAUUGUUCACAAAAAGGUCUAUGUUUACCGAACAUAUAUUUCUUAUUCCGCUAAUACUGGUAAUGUAAUUCGAUGUAAUGAGAUCUUUGGUUAGGGAGUUGGGGGAUUUGUUUACUAAAGUGUCUUAGUUUACAAAGGUGUAUUUUUCAAGUUUUUCUAAUAAUGUUAAUUAAUAUGUAAUUAUCGGUAAUAAAAGGUUUAUUACGGCGACUAGACGGACAGAUUGACACAUUUCGAGUUUCCUGAGAUCUUUGGUUAGGGAGUUAGGGGAAAUGUUUACCAAAGUGUGGAUGUUCACCAAAGUGUAUAAUACCGUUACUUCUGGAUUGUACACGCAUUGAGGCAAAUAAAGCUAAAUAUCUCGGCCGCAGUAAGUCCUAGGGUCACCAAAAUUAUAUGGCUAUUUAGGACCAAUUGUCCUAAAGUUGGUGAGGAGGAGAGAGAGAGAAAGUAAGUAAAGUGCCGUGCGGGGCGUCUCAGUAAAGACACGAAGCCAGGAUAAACUCUUGGGUUGAGGCAUUGUUUUAAAUGCGGCCGGUAGCAGAGAUUCCCCGGAUCGGGCGGAGCUUUUGUUUUGGAGUUUGCUGAACUGCUGAGACGCAUACACACACAACCAAAAAGGUCUAUGUUUACCGAACAUGUAUUUCUUAUUCUGCUAAUACCGGUAAUGUAAUUCGAUGUAAUGUAAUGCAAUGUGAUGUGGGAUUUUUUUUUUUCAUUUUAGAAAUGGAACACAGGUGUCUCCUGUAGCGGUUUUCUAUUGUUUGUGAGGAGUCUGGUUCGGCAGGGUGUAUUGAUUGAUGUAUUAAUUGAUUGAUGUAUUGAUUGAUGUAUUGAUUGAUGUAUUGAUUGAUUGGUUCUGCAGGAUGUCCUGUAGCGGUUUUCUGUGGUUUGUGAGGAGUCUGGUUCGGCAGGGUGUAUUGAUUGAUGUAUUAAUUGAUUGAUGUAUUGAUUGAUGUAUUGAUUGAUUGGUUCUGCAGGAUGUCCUGUAGCGGUUUUCUGUGGUUUGUGAGGAGUCUGGUGAGGAGGAAGCCGCUGGAGCCGGAUGGCGAGCAGUCGGAUUUCCGGCGCUGUUUGACGACGCUGGAUCUGGUGGCGCUGGGGGUGGGCAGUACUCUGGGGGCGGGGGUGUACGUGCUGUCGGGGGAGGUGGCUCGGACCGUGGCGGGUCCCAGCAUCAUCAUCUCCUUCUUCAUCGCCGCCGUGGCCUCGGUGUUCGCCGGGCUGUGUUACGCCGAGUUCGGCGCCCGCGUCCCCAAAACCGGCUCCGCCUACCUCUACAGCUACGUCACCGUGGGCGAGAUAUGGGCUUUUAUCACCGGCUGGAACCUCCUGCUCUCCUACAUCAUAGGAACCUCCAGUGUUGCCCGGGCCUGGAGCGGCACCAUUGACGACCUGAUCGGAAACGUUAUCGCUAAUUAUCUGAGUCAGCACGCCGCCAUGAACCUCCCCGGCCUCGCCCCCUACCCAGACUUCUUCGCUGCUGCACUCAUCAUGCUGUUAGCAGGUAUCCUCGCGUUCGGAGUGAAAGAGUCUGCGAUAGUGAACAAGAUUUUCACGGCGGUGAUCGUGGUCGUGCUGCUAUUCGUCAUUAUCUCUGGAUUCAUCAAAGGUGAUAUUGCGAACUGGCAGCUAACUGAGGAGGACAUCAUCAACGCCACAGUCUCAGUAAACUCAAGUAUAAACUCCACUGUUCCGGUGAAUUACGGAGUGGGAGGAUUCUUCCCGUUCGGGUUUGAGGGAACGUUAGCGGGAGCCGCUACCUGCUUCUAUGCCUUCGUGGGAUUUGACUGUAUCGCCACUACAGGUGAGGAGGUCCAGAACCCCCAGAGGUCCAUCCCGAUCGGUAUCGUAGCUUCUCUGCUCAUCUGCUUUGUGGUGUAUUUUGGCGUGUCUGCCGCUCUCACGCUGAUGAUGCCGUACUACCAGCUGAGCGUUCAGAGCCCGCUGCCCGUAGCCUUCACCCACGUGGGCUGGGAUCCGGCCAAGUACGUUGUAGCUGUGGGAUCACAGUGUGCGCUUUCCACCAGGUAAUACUGCUCUUAAAUAUUACAUACACUGACAUAGCAAAGUCAAGUCAUUGUUUUAAAAUUAUCUUUUUACUUUCAAAUUCUGCACCCCUGCCAUGAAAAGCACCCUCUCUCGGGAGAAGCUGCAGGUUCUUUUUUCCUUAUUUCAGCGUAGCUUAGAACAGUAUCUUGGGUAUUUCCAUUUUCUAAGUGCAAUUAAAGCUUAAUAGACGUGGGUACGCUCCCGAGAGAGGGUGCUUUUCCUGGCAGGGGUUCUGAAUUCACUGGCUUUACACACAAGGUCAGUGAUGAGAACAAUGAAACGCAACAAUAACAAUACAUCACAAUAUACUGCAAUAAAAACGCCUUCUGGGUAAUAUAGUGUUCUGCUAAAAGACUGGGAAGGUUUGGGUAUUGUUGUAGAAAAGAAAAUGUAAGAUGGGUCCACACCCACCCCUCAUCCAGGGUACAACUCCCCUACGUGUUCGUUUUGAUAGAGAGUCGCAGACAGGUGGAGCGGAGUUGAAAGCAAACCAAGUAUUUAUUACAAAGUACUGAAUAUUCAGGAGAACCCACACAUGAAAGACCGUCUAACAGCCGUCCCAGUAAAAGUUCUGAACCCCUCUGAUCCGACUCCAUGUUUAUACCCCAAAAUGACGUGAAACCUGCUGAUGAGGCGUUGCUAACGAUUAGCUCAUGUUAAUAUGCAUAAUUUCACGUGUUAGUACUCAAGAUUCACAUGUCUGACCGGACCACUAGUGUUUGGCCUUGACUGUGUCCAGCCGGACAGUGUGAUAUUGUUUCAGUAAUUAGACAGUGCCGCCCUCACUAUGUGCGUGCGUCCUCCUCCCGCUUUGAUAGGUGAAGGAUUUUACACACAGAGAGAGAAAGGACGCACUGUUCAUCCCGAAGUCUCCUUUGUAUCAAUUCAGUUCAUACAGAGUGCACUAGCUGAUGAUUGAUGGCCGUUAGUCUGAGACAUGCAGUGAACGAAAUACUUCAAGCAUGAGCUACACAAGUCGCACAAUGAAUUUCAUAUGUUAUAUGUUAAUGUGUUAGUAGCGCGUGGUUAGACCGCCAUACAAUAGAUCCUAUGUGUUAGUAAAUGCCUUAUGUAUCAUGUGGGUUAAUUUGUCAUAAUAGAGUCUGUGUUAGUCACAUGCCUGAUCAAACAAUGUUUUACUAUAUAUGUAAA